GCGCUGCUUGAAGCAGCCAUACUGCCAGAUCUCGCAACCACGCGACACCUGGUCUUCCCUAAAGCCAACUGGACAGAUUGAAGCAGUAUUAUUAUUAUUAUUUUCACUUGGCCUGAACAAGUGUAUUCUCGACAGACGUUUCGCAUCGCUUGAUUCUACGAUUGCCCAUUGCGACUGCGUUCCUCAUCAGUGCCGCUAGAGGGCGAUUCCAUAACACCAGCCAUACACAAUGAUUGUCAACAAGAAGUUGGACCGCUUCAAGCAAUGGGCGGGCGAGAAGAUGGGCGGAGAGGCUAAGACCAACCUCUCGGAUGAUUUCAAAGCUCUCGAGACAGAAAUGGCUGUGAGACAAGAAGGAUUGGAGCGCAUGCACAAGGCCAUGACCGUCUAUAUCAAAGCUAUCUCGAAACGAAGCGAAGGCGAUGACAAGGAGAGAAACUUGCCUAUCGGAUAUAUGGGUGGCAGUAUGGUCGCCCAUGGAGGCGACUUUGACAUGUACUCGGAGUUUGGACAGUGCUUGAGCUUGUUCGGACGGACACAGGAACGGAUAGCCCGUAUCGAGGAGAGCUACAUUGCGCAGGCCACAUCCACCUGGCUGGAGUCGUUGGAACGGUCACUGACACAGAUGAAAGAGUACCAUAAUGCUCGUAAGAAGCUUGACACACGGCGACUGGCGUACGACGCCUCCCUCGCGAAGAUGCAGAAGGCGAAGAAAGAGGACUUCCGCGUCGAGGAAGAACUGCGUACACAGAAGGUUAAAUAUGAAGAAGCCAGCGAUGAUGUCUAUCGCAGAAUGCUGGACAUCAAAGAAUCCGAGCCCGAGAGCGUGGCAGACCUCACCGCAUUCAUGGAUGCUGAGCUGGAGUACCAUGAGCGGUGUCGCGAAGCGCUCCUGCAACUGCGGAACGAUUGGCCGGCUAGUCAACAAGGUCGAGCACCAAACCCCGGAGGCCGUCGCCCUGGACGCCCGCGCGCGAAUACAGCGCAUUCGUACCAGGAAAGGUAUGAACCGGUGGAAGAGGAACCUGUGCUCCAGACACACCGUCCGUCUCUCAGAUCGAUGGGAACGCCAUCUUCCAACAGCGUGAUGGAAUCGCCCAAUGACUCUUACUCGACCGACUACGCAUACCAGAGGCCUGUUUACUCUUCCACGCCUUCUUUCGAAGGGCCCACACAGCUGCAGGGAGAUCAGUCGCCUGCUCGGAUGUCCCGGGUAAUCAACGACAACACAGCCAUCCGCUCAACCCGCUCCUCGCUGCGCCCCGUUAGCAAGGUCUAUGUUGAUCCCUACGCGGAUUCGGCAGACGAGGCUGGCUCGUACAGUACCACGAGCCCUCUGUCUACCUCCCCAGCCGCAUCACAUGGAAGCGUCAUGUCUCGCAAUCCCAGCUCUACGACGUUGAACGGCGCUGGCAUCAUUAAGAAGGGACCACCUCCACCGCCGCCUUCCCGUGCAAAGAAGCCUCCGCCACCACCGCCACCCAUGAAGAGAAACCUUGUUGGUGCUGGCGCCUACUAGUUUGGAUAACUCAUCGGAUGGAAAUAAUGCGUGGAGUUUGGGAGUUCAUAGAUACACGAUGGUGGAUUCUAUUUAGGGUCUUGGUAAUUUUCUUCGUCUUUCCUCCGCUCAUCAGCUCUCCUGUUCGUGGUGAAGAAUAGUGAUAUUGACCUCUGAGGAGGUGUCAAACCCACAGGGCAAUAAUGUCUUUUGUGUGGACUGCUGUAAAUCUCUUUUCUGCUGGAGGGGUAGGAUCAGUAAUUAGAUAUUUAUAGGAACAGGAUUAAAAAGGGCCGUGAGCCGAUUUGCGAACCAAGGAUAGUAAUAAUUGGUAUUCCUAAGCAUUUUAACAAUGACUCAACUCACUCGAGUCGGGGGAUAUUGCAUAUUGCACAAACACCUUCAUCUGAGGACUUUUUUUUUUUUUUGAACGAGCUAGUGGACAGAGUAGGGGCC